AUGAUCUAUGCGGAUAAUUGUUGCUGUUGCAUGGACCUCAAGUGCGGCUGCAUCUUGAUAGCCAUCGUUGAAGUGCUCAUACGGGGAAUAGAUCGCUUUUUUGUGGAGUAUGAUACCCUACUCGGCUAUGCCACUCUCAUUCUGAGUGGCGUCUAUGUCAUAAGCUGCGUCUUUCUUCUGCUUGGGGCCGUGAUGCAACUACGUAUAUUUCUACUGCCCUAUCUCUGGAUAGGCGUUAUACGGCUGGUCGCUUUGAUCGUCGAGUUUAUCUACUACUAUCUAAACACUGAUGAAAUCGUCUAUGAGUAUUUAUAUUUCGAUGUCUUCCAAGCGGUUUUAGGCUUAUACUUCUGGCUGGUGGUCUACUCGUUCUAUGAUGUAUUGAGAAAAACAUAG